GACAGCACCAAGAUCCCCUCCUUCGCCGCCUACAGGAACAAGAACGGCGAGCAGAGCACCAAGGUCUUCCAGUACUUCAUGGUCGGCUCCAUGGGUGCGCUGUCCGCUCUUGGCGCGAAGGCGACCGUCCAGGGUAAGCCCACCCGCCUGCAGCACCCGCGAACAGCACGGCAAAGCUCCGGAAAGCGAUGGGAAUAGGAUAUAGGGCAGCUUGGGGGACACGAGAGGGCAAUUGGCUGUAUUGCGGAUGAUUUGGGGCAGCAAUUCGAUGAAGAGCACACCGGCUAACGCACCGCGCGACAGACUUCCUUGUCAACAUGUCCGCCUCUGCCGACGUUUUGGCCCAGGCCAAGGUUGAGAUCGAUCUCGCUGCCAUCCCCGAGGGCAAGAACGUCAUUAUCAAGUGGCGAGGCAAGCCCGUCUUCAUCCGUCACCGCACCGAGAGCGAGAUCAAGGAGGCCGAGGACACCAAGUGGGAGGCUCUGCGUGACCCCCAGUCCGACGGUGACCGUGUCCAGAAGCCCGAGUGGUUGAUCAUGUUGGGUGUCUGCACCCAUCUCGGUUGUGUGCCCAUCGGCGAGGCCGGCGACUUUGGCGGCUGGUUCUGCCCCUGCCACGGAUCCCACUACGACAUUUCUGGCCGCAUAAGAAAGGGACCUGCCCCGCUCAACCUCGAGGUACCCACGUACGACUUCCCCGAGGAGGGCAAGGUUGUCAUUGGUUAAAAUUCGCGCAUUGUGUAAAGUAGCGAGACGAGAUGGGCGGAGGGAGCUGGCUGUGUGAAUAGGAGCAAGCAUUACCGUUUCCUUUGGUUUCUUAUUUAGAUUCGGCUUGUGUGCGUAGGAAUGUAACACCAGUUAGAGUCACCUCGCGUCACAGGC